CUGAAAGCGAUCUCGGAAGAUGGCCGGUGUUGGAAGCGUUUGGUGAUUGCUCAGGAAGUGCAUUCUAAAUUUAAGGAAAGUAGCCCCUGCCAAGUAAACGCUCAACAGUCGGAGGGAGAGAUAUUCACCGCGCUGGUCAUCAUGUACUCUGCGUGCGCAGCUAAUGUGUGGUGAAUGAGAGUGCGCUAGUAAUUGUGGUGGUAGGCAAUUUUCAAGUCUCAUGAUGAGGUAGAUUGGGAUAGCCCAGAGAGACUCCUUUUGAUCCAGAUCACGCCACAAAUAACAAGGUCAGUAAGUAUAUUUUACGGCAAAGAAGCUUUUGAGGUAUUAGUGCGGGGGAUUCCCCUGACGUUACGUGACAUCGACAUUUGGUGGUGGGCUUGUUUGACUUCUUACAGAUAGAUCCAGCGAUUAUUCCAGGAGAGCUUCACGCACUCCAUCAAUAUGGACAGUUACCAAGAUAGUGCAUUCGAUCUGAAUGCAUCCAAAGUCAUCGAAAAUGGGGUGGAAUUGGCCAUCAUAAAAGAGCCUGUCGACAAACUUAAAUUCCGAUAUAAAUAUGAAAAGCAUGGCUCUCUCAUAGAAUGCCAAACGGAGGGGUCAGCGAAAACCUAUCCAACAGUUGAGCUACGUGGGUAUAAUGGACAAGGUUUCAUCCGAUACAGUUUAUUUCAAGUAUCUUCCGAUUCGCCACAUUGUCAUUAUCUAGUCAGAGAAAAAGAGAACAACCUCGAUUAUGGUCCGCACAUAUCACAGGUCUCACAGGAAAAAGGAUAUAGAGCAACCUUGCAGGAUAUGAGUAUUAUGCAUACACCAAAAAAAUAUGCGGCCAACGAACUUCACUCUAAAAUGAAAAAGGACAAGUUGAUGGAAAGUGGAGGACACUUAUCAGCUAGUGAUGAACAACAGAUAAAAGUAAAUGCCGAGGGUAUGGCCAAAAAUAUAAAUGUUAAUCAAGUGCGCUUAGGGUUCGAAGCAUUUGCAGCGAAUAGCGAUGGUACAUUAACUAGACUAUGCGAAACAGUCUUCUCUCGACCUAUUAACAACAUGAAAAGUGUCUUAACUGGAAAAUUAAAAAUUACACGUUUAAGUGCAAUAGUUAGCAGCGCAGCAGGCGGUGACGAUUUAUAUUUGUUUGUUGAAAAAAUCAAGGAAAAGAAUAUAAAAGUUCGUUUCUUCGAAAUUGACGAUAAUAACGAAGAAGUUUGGGAGGGAUGGGGAGUAUUUUCGGAAGCUGAUGUGCACCAUCAACAUGCUAUUGUACUUAAAACGCCACCGUACAAGGAUAAAUACUUAGAUCAAGAUAAACAGGUCUUUAUCCAAUUAGUUCGUCCCAGUGACAAUGAUCGCAGUGAACCGUUGUCAUUCAAAUACAAGGCAACUUCCCGAAAACGUGCCCGACUGAGUUCCUCAACGUAUAACUCAUCACCCAAGACGAUGGUUGCUAAUUUCAAUCAUCCACAGACAAUUAGUACUGAAUACAACACACAGGGAAUUCUGGAUGAAUUUCUUAAUCAAGUGCGAACCGACUAUGACUCAGGAGAAUUGGCGGCAUUCAAUGAUGAGAUCCUAAUGGAUGAUUUCCUAGACAUAGAUGGAACUGCUUCUAAGCCAGUGCUAAGUGUAAAACCUGUACAACAGAGACCAUCAGUGAUUUCCAGUCGUGCAUCGGUCCGUGCACAAAGGAAAUUGGCACCUUCUCCUUAUAUUUGUCAGAUAUUUAAAAUUUGCCGUGAGUUUGGUGAAAAGAAUGUGGAAUUGGCUAAACAAAAGAUUUUGGAUAUUUUUGACGAAGCCAAUAAUAAUGAAUGCGACGUGAUCCAGACGGCGAUCAGGACUGAUGAUCGGGAAAUCAUGAACAAAUUGUUCAAAUUGAUUGAUAAAUUUCAAUUGAAUGAAGUGUUACAGUACCAGAAUGAACGCAAGGAGACCUGCCUACAUACUGUUUGCUUGUUUGACAAACCAGAGUAUAUCAGGCCAUUGAUUAAUUUGGGUGCAAAUCCAAACCUUCCAGAUAAUAAAGGAAAUACUCCACUUCAUAUUGCCAUCGAGGAAAACCUAACAAUGUGCUUCAAUCGCAUUGUUGAUCCACAAAAUUACACACAAGGAAGAGUAGGCUUAACCAUCGACUGCGCGAACGAUGACGGUGUCACACCUCUGCAUUUGGCUGUGAUGAAAAACAAUCAACAAAUGGUAGAACUUCUUCUGAAAGUGGGCAAGGCAUCAACAAAAUUAUGUGUAUCGAAAAGUGGAAAUAAUGCUUUGCAUUUAGCAAUUGAGGGAAACUGUGUGCCGAUUGUUCGGUAUUUACUGGAAAACACAUCUAUAAACAUAAAUGAACCGAAUUGGGCUGGAUUUACACCACUAGGAUUAACUAAUUCAAUGGAUAACACUUCAGAUGAAAUAGUUUGUUUGCUUUUGAAAUGGGGCGCCAAUGAGGACGAUGCGAGAAUUUCAUCCAGUCAGCAGAUAGAAUAUGACGUCCGUUCGAGAGGGGUCCAUAAAAUGCAACCAGGGAAGAAUACAUCAGGUGAUAAGGAUAACGAGAAGCCGUUGGAAAUUGACAAAAAAUCACAAAUUAAUCGGUCUGCUUCGUCACGGUCAUUUUCAGUUUUCUUGACGAUCUUCACUCUAUAUAGUGCAAUAAGGAAUAUAUUUUGGAAAUUUCCAAAUAAGGAUGGAUAAUUUGAAGAAAAGUUGGCAAACCAAACUGAAGGAUGUGAUAAAUGCGUUGCAUGCAAAGAUUAAACAUUGGACUUCGUUGAAUUUUUGUAUAUCAUUAUUAAGUUUAUAUAAAAACUAUAUAUAUUUUUACCUUCUAUCUUUUAUAUCUAUAUUUUGGAGAUUCACAUGAUAGUGAAAUUAGAUGUUGCAAUACUAAUAUAAUAACAUGUUACAAUACUAAUAUAUAUAUCAUACUAUCUGAUCCACAUAAAUAAACGCGAAACCUAACUAUUGCAA